AUGACCACUUGGAAUUAUACAAAAGAGUCUGACUUCAUCCUUAUGGGACUGACAGAUUCCAAAGAGAUACAGCUAGUCCUUGCUGUUCUGUUUCUCCUGAUAUACCUGGUCACUGUGUUGGGGAACACAAGCAUGAUGCUGAUCAUUCGUAUAGAAGCUCAGCUUCACACCCCAAUGUAUUUUUUUCUAACACAUCUGUCAUUCCUUGACCUCAGUUACUCAACUGUCAUCACACCUAAAACCUUCGAGAACCUCUUUACCUCCAUCAAAAAUAUUUCUUUCAUAGGUUGUUUCACCCAACUGUACUUUUUUGUUUUGUUUGGUGGUGCUGAAUGUUUUCUUCUCUCAUCCAUGGCAUAUGACCGCUACGUAGCUAUAUGCAAUCCUCUGCACUAUCCAGUUGUUAUGUCCAAAAGACGAUAUCAUGCCCUCCUCACUGGUUCCUACCUGAUGGGAGCUAUAGAUUCUUCUAUCAAUAUGCUUUGUCUAAGCAAGAUGGAUUUCUGUGACUCUCAUGUCAUCAAUCACUUUUUCUGUGACACACCUGCAAUUUUAGCUCUGUCUUGUAAUGAUACAUAUGUCAUUGAAAUGAUAAUAAUCAUUGUCUCUGGUUCAACUCUAAUGGUGUCCCUUCUUACCAUAUCAAUGUCUUAUGCAUCCAUUCUCUCUACCAUCUUGAAAAUCAGUUCUACUUCAGGAAAGCUAAAAGCCUUUUCCACUUGUGCCUCUCAUCUACUGGCAGUCACCAUAUUUUAUAGUACUAUGAUCUUCACUUAUUUAAAACCAAAGAGAUCCUAUUCUUUAGGAAAGGAUCAAGUGGCUUCUGUCUUCUACACAAUUGUGAUCCCCAUGCUGAAUCCACUCAUUUAUAGUCUCAGAAACAAAGAAGUAAAAAAUGCUGUCAGCAGAAUUAUGAAGAAAAGGGAGGACUCCAGAUAA